AAGCAAGCAAAAGUUGAUUGGCAAUUUGCUGGGCGCAAAAUCUGCAAUCGGUUUCGGCCAGCGUUGUUGCCUUGCAGCUACAGUUGACCGCAGCCUUGUCGCCACCAAUGCGUAGAGCACGCCGGCUGCCGAUGCUGCUUGCAAGAGAGAUGCUCUCCUUGCAUUGAGCACAAUCUAGUGCGCGCGGACGCCACCGGACGCUGUGAACACGUUUCAGUGGCAUAAGAAGCGCCGACGCCGCGCUGCGCACCAUCAUUGCGCCGACGGCUUAAGUGCACAAAUAAGCCGCAGCCGACGAUGGACCUCGCCCGCCGCCUCAGCAGCGCGUUGUAUGGCGACACCGAAAAGGGCACGGGACUAGAAACGGCCGACGUCAACGACCAGGAGACGCUCGACAGGUUAAGGGACGACGCCAAGGCGCAAGCUAGGGCUCAGAUCGCGAAUGACCUCAAGAAGUUCCUCAGGAAGAAGAACAACAAGCACUCGCCGCCGCCCCGACGCCGCAACACCUACGAGGCGUGGAUCGCGCAAUUACAUCCUGAGAACGCGACCGUCGUCGACGGUAUUGUUACCGAUGUGGACCCUAGGUUCUUUAGUGAAGGUAGCGACCACCGGGCCAUCUGGAACUCUCAGAACCCGGAGAAACGUGUGGACGCCAUUGUGAGUUUAGAUGACAAGUACGCGCGCUUGGAUCGCGCGGCGACGUUAGUCCAACGAAUUUAUCGCGGGGCGCACCUGCGACGAAAACUGAGGGAGUCGAUCUUCGCUCGUAAACGAGCGGCGCAGGACGCGUGCCUCCAGGCGUGGCAGGUCGCGUGCGCGCCUCUACAACACCGAGGCGAGGCCUGGGACCGGCUCUUCUGCGACGCGUUGCCUCGGGGAAGGCGGCCGUCGGGCGUCGUGAAAGCGGCCGAGGCCGAGGCCGAGGCCUGGCGUCAUGUGGAUGCGACGCCCGAAAGUAAAGCUCGGUUCAGGGCCGAGAGCAAGCGCAUGUACAAGUUCCUGCAGUCGUUGGAUAAGCGCGACGUCGGGACGAUCGCUUCCGCGUUUGGGUUUGGGCCGAAGUCAAGGAGGCGCAAGCGCAAGGUCGUCGCGGCGUUGUUCGACAGCGCGCGCACGGCGCCGCCGUCGGCCGCCUUGCUGCGGCGCGCGCUGCGGCCGGAGAAGCCGCCAGUACCAGCGCGGCGCAAGACCAUCAUCGGGUCGAACGGCUCGGGCAGCGGCGACGCCUGCGACGCGCUCGCGCCGCCGGACCCAGGCCAGGCGUCCGCGUCGGACGCGGCCCCAUUCCGGUACCCGCGGAAGCUCGGCGAGGGCCGCGGCAAGAAGCUCUGGGAGUCGUGUUGA